AUGGCACCGCUCGAGGUCGAGAAUGGCAGUCUUGCCUUUCUCCUGCGCUCUGAUUGGGUUUCCCAAGCCCUGGCCGACCCUUGCUUCUUCCAUGCGACGUUGUUCUCGGCAUCUGCUCACCUGGAUGCUUUCCAGGGCAGAGACAAUAAUCAUAUCACAAUAUACCACUAUACUAUGGCGCUGCGGCUCCUUCGCGAGAAGCUAGCUUCUCCUGGUGGUAUGCUGGACGACGGAACGAUUGCGUGCAUUCCUCCGCUAGUCUUCUUCUCGUCGAUGAGGAGUGACGAGGGCUCAUCCCGGAUUCAUAGGGAAGGCCUGAUGAAGUUGCUCAGAGCCAAAGGAGGACUUCAUAAGAUGGGUUUUGGUGGUUUCUUUUCCGCCUUAAUACCCGUAUGUGUCCUGACAGAGGCGAUUAUAUUCGAUUCUGAGUUUGACAUUCCGGGUCUGGAUAUUCCACCAACACCCUUGGCGCCGCCGACAUGUCUAGUCACGGCCGCUCUCAAGCGGGCCGCGCAUCAGACCGGAUACUAUAACCUUUCCGGCGAAUCGAUCACCCUCUUCCAGGACAUCAGCCUCAUUUGCGGAUAUCCAGAUGGACACUACGUGGCCUCAGCAGGAGGGGAGGGCUUGUAUAACUCCACCGCGAUCAAGUGGCGUAAUCAGCUACAACAAAAGAUCAGCCAGCGCCAUGAUGCACCCGAAAAUGUCCAUCCAUCUACCUCCAAUGGAAUCGAUCAAUCCUGCCAGGCUGCUGCUUUACUAUUCUGGUAUCUCCUCGACGAUUAUUUCUCGGUAAACGCCGGUACUUUGCAAAAGCUACUUCAAAGCUUGAAGGAGGCCUUGGUCAAAACGUCCAUGGAUACCUGGAUCAGGUGCUCCCCCGAGGCACACACAUGGAUUUGCCUAGUUGGAGCGGUGGCCAGUAGCCCUUGCAGUGAGGAUCGAGUGUGGUUUAGUCUGCGCCAUGGUCAGCCGGUUGUAUGUAUUCGCAGUGAAGGCCCAUCUCUCUACCUGGCCUGCUGGAGAACGUAUGACUGGCUAAAUCGUCGGCGGAAAUUGAGGCUCAAGCAUUAA